AUGAAUAUAUUGCCUUGGAAAAGGAUAGUAUACUCAAAGCGAAGAAUCUCUUGUUCGUUACUGCCGUUGCCACUACAACCGUUUAGAACCAUGUCAGCCAUUAAUUCUACUGAAGACUGGACUGCUGCCAAAGUCAGGUCCACAUUCCUCAAGUUUUUCGAAUCAAGAGGCCAUACUUUCGUGCCAUCUUCUUCAGUCAUCCCUUACGAUGACCCCACCCUUUUGUUUGCGAACGCUGGUAUGAACCAGUACAAGCCUAUUUUCCUAGGAACUGUUGAUCCUUCGUCUGACUUUGCUACGCUGAAACGUGCUGUUAACUCGCAGAAGUGCAUCAGAGCUGGUGGAAAACACAACGAUCUGGAGGAUGUUGGAAAAGACUCUUACCAUCACACUUUCUUCGAGAUGUUGGGAAACUGGUCUUUCGGAGACUAUUUCAAGAAAGAGGCCAUCCAAUGGUCUUGGGAAUUACUCACUGUGGUUUAUGGCAUACCUGCUGAUCGUUUGUAUGUUACCUACUUCGAGGGUGAUGCUAAGAACGGUCUGGAACCCGAUUUGGAGGCCAAGGAUCUCUGGAAGUCCGUGGGUGUUCCAGAUGACCACAUCUUGCCCGGUAAUGCGAAAGACAAUUUCUGGGAGAUGGGUGACCAAGGUCCAUGUGGUCCAUGUUCUGAAGUCCAUUACGACAGAAUUGGUGGCCGUAAUGCCGCUGCUCUGGUUAACAUGGAUGACCCUGAUGUUCUGGAAAUCUGGAACAACGUGUUCAUUCAGUUUAACCGUGAGCCAGAUUCAUCCCUGAAGCCAUUGCCUGCCAAGCACGUUGAUACUGGUAUGGGUUUCGAGCGUCUUGUAUCUGUAUUGCAAGAUGUGAGGUCCAACUACGACACUGAUGUUUUCCAACCUCUUUUCCAACGUAUCCACGAGAUCACUGGUGUCAGACCCUACUCUGGUCAUUUUGGAAAGGAAGACCUAGAUGGAAUCGACACAGCCUACCGUGUCUUGGCUGAUCAUGUUCGUACCUUGACCUUUGCGCUUGCCGACGGUGGGGUUCCAAACAACGAAGGCAGAGGCUACGUUUUGCGUCGUAUUCUGCGUCGUGGAUCUCGUUAUGUCAGAAAGUACAUGAACUACCCGAUCGGAAAAUUUUUCUCCCAGCUAGCACCAACUUUGAUCGAGCAAGUCAAAGAUAUCUUCCCAGAAGUUGCCAAGGACCCAUCCACGAUCUUCGAGAUCUUGGACGAGGAAGAGGCCUCGUUCGCCAGAACCCUUGACCGUGGUGAGAAGUUGUUUGAGCAGUAUGCCAUCAUUGCAUCUAAGACUCCAGAGCAGACUUUGUCUGGUAAAGAUGUCUGGAGAUUAUAUGAUACCUACGGUUUCCCUGUUGACUUGACAAGGCUGAUGGCUGAAGAAGCUGGUCUCAAGAUUGACGAGGAAGGCUUUGAAAAGGCAAAACUUGCUUCUUGGGAGGCUUCUAAGGGAGCAGGAAAGACUGCCGGAAAAGCCCUGCUGAAAUUUGAUGUCCAUGCCUUGGGCAAGUUGGAUUCUGAUGGCACUGUUCCAAAGACUGACGACUCUCCUAAGUACGGACUUGAAAACGUCAAGGCUGAAAUAGUUGCUAUUUACAACGGAGAGUUCUUGGAUUCUACAGAGGGUAUUGCAGAAGGCGAGCAAAUCGGUAUUUUGUUAGACAAGACCCCAUUUUACGCCGAGCAAGGUGGACAGGAAUUCGAUACGGGUAAGAUCGUCAUUGAUGGUGUUGCCGAGUUUAAUGUUGAAAAUGUCCAGCAAUAUGCUGGAUACGUCUUGCACACUGGUUACGUGGUGGAAGGCUCUUUUGCUGUCAAGUCAUCUGUCAUUGCCGGAUACGAUGAGUUACGCCGUUGGCCAAUUAGAAACAACCAUACAGGCACCCAUAUCCUGAAUUUUGCCCUUAGAGAAGUGUUGGGUGAUGGUGUUGAUCAGAAGGGUUCUUUGGUUUCUGCCGAGAAACUCAGAUUCGAUUUCUCCCAUAAGGCUGCGUUGUCUCUCAAGGAGAUUGAGCGUGUUGAGAACAUUUGUUCAGAACAAAUCAAGUCUAACGUGCAGGUGUUCUCCAAGCCUGUUGAGCUUGAUACUGCCAAAAAGAUUUCUGGUCUCAGAGCCGUGUUUGGUGAAGUGUACCCAGAUCCAGUCCGUGUAGUUUCCAUUGGUGUCCCUGUUGAGACUUUGCUUGCCAACCCAGAGAGCGAAGAAUGGAACAAGUACUCUAUCGAGUUCUGCGGUGGUACUCAUGUUGCAAAGACUGGUGACAUCAAGGAGUUUGUGAUCAUAGAAGAGAGCGGAAUCGCCAAGGGUAUCCGUCGUAUUGUUGCUGUAUCUGGUACCGAGGCUCAUGCCGUUCAAAGAAUUGCGAAGUCUUUUGACGAGGAACUGGACGCAAUCAGCAAACUUACUUUUGGUGCUGAGAAAGAGAAGAAGCUAAAGGAGGCCAAUGUUGCUCUCGGAAAGCUCUCUGUUCAGGUUGUGGCCAAAAAUGCUCUUAAGGAGAAGUUCGCCAAGAUAGACAAAUCCGUCAAGGACGAGCAAAAGGCCAUACAGAAGGCUGAAAGCAAGAAAACUCUUGAUGCCGUCAAGAACUUCUUUACCGAGAAUGCAGAAGCUCCAUUCUUUGCAGCCCACGUGGACAUUUCUCCAAAUGCAAAGGUCAUCACUGAGGCCAUCAACUUCUUGAAGAAAGAGAAUAAGGACAAGUCCCUGUUUUUGAUCACUGGUAAGGAAAGCGAGGCCAGAGUUGCUCAGGGUGUCUAUAUCUCUGAUGCAGCUGGUGCCAAGGGUCUUGAUGCUACUGCAGUCGCCCAGCUUGCUGCUAAGUUCAUUGGUGGUAAGGCUGGUGGAAAAGGCAAUGUUUGCCAGGGUAUGGGUGACGAUGUCAAGGGCAUCAACGAAGCUGUCGAAGCUGUCUCUAGUUUGUUGAAGGAGAAGCUGAGCAUUUGA